AUGUUAAAAUCAGAAAGAAACAGCUUUUGUAGCUGUAGUCUCCUCCUCUUGAUUGCGUGUUGGCUUUUCUUAACAAAUAGCCAGUUACUGUUGGUUUCUUCAGUUGUCCAAGUAGCUUAUUUAUGCCUGACCUGCACAGUUCUGACCAUUUUUGUGACCAGCUUUAGAGGGCUUUUCAGCAUGCCUAAGAGUGGAGAGCCUCUUAUGAAAACAUCACAAGAUGAAAAUGCACAGAAUAUUUCAGAAAGCUUUGAAAAUGGAACCUUUACAGAUGCACAGUCUGUCUGCAGAGAUUCACUGCUUCAUUUGGAGGAUACCCAAGAUGAAGGCACAGAGCCAACAGAGUCUCUGUGGACUUCCCUAGCUGAUGGCAGAGUCAGGCUGAGGAUAGAUAACUCAUGUCCUCAGACUCCUAUAACAGUACAUCAGAUGUUCAAGGACAGCCUAGAAAAAUAUGGAUCCCUUAAUGCUCUGGCCAGCAAAAAGAAUGGGAAGUGGGAGAAGAUAACUUUUUCAGAGUAUUAUUGCCUCUCCAGGAAAGCAGCCAAAGGCUUUUUGAAGCUUGGUCUUGAACGAUUCCACAGUGUAGCAAUCCUUGGAUUUAAUUCUCCAGAAUGGUUCAUCUCAGCUGUUGGAGCUGUAUUUGCUGGAGGAAUUGUCACGGGGAUAUACACAACCAAUUCUCCAGAGGCCUGUCACUACAUUGCUCACGACAGCAAAACCAAUAUCAUGGUUGUGGAAGAUCGGAAGCAACUGGACAAGAUAAUGCAGGUCUGGAAUCGCUUGCCACAUUUGAAAGCUGUUGUGCUGUAUAAGGACUCCAUUCCAAAGAGAUAUCCAAAUUUGUAUACGAUGGAAGAGUUUCUGGCGUUGGGAGAUGAUGUGUCUGAUACUACUUUGGAUGAUAUCAUUAACUCUCAAGAGCCAAAUCAGUGCUGUGUGCUAAUAUACACAUCCGGAACAACUGGGAAGCCAAAAGGAGCCAUGCUGAGUCAUGACAAUAUAACUUGGACAUCAGCACACUGCAGCAGAGCAGGAGAAAUGCAACCUGCAGAGGUCCAACAGGAGUCUAUCGUCAGUUAUCUCCCACUCAGCCACAUAGCUGCACAGAUAUAUGACCUGUGGACUGGAAUCAAAUGGGGAGAGCAAGUUUACUUUGCUGAGCCAGAUGCUCUGAAGGGCAGCUUGGUCAACACACUAAAAGAAGUGCAGCCAACAUCUCACAUGGGAGUUCCCAGAGUAUGGGAGAAAAUCAUGGAGAAAUUAAAGGAUGCUUCUGCUCAGUCAGGAUUUAUGAAGAAGAAAAUGCUGUCAUGGGCUAUGUCACUUAGCUUAGAGAGAAACAUAAGCUGCUCAAGCAGCAGUGAUUUAAAGCAGUUCUGGAUGAGGUUAGCAGACUACUUUGUGCUUUCAAAAGUACGCAAUGCACUGGGGUUUUCUUGCUGUCAGAAGCACUUUUCUGGUGCUGCUCCUCUCAAUACAGAAACACUCUAUUUCUUCUUGGGUUUGAACAUCACCCUGUAUGAGGCCUAUGGGAUGAGUGAGACAACAGGGCCACAUUGCCUAUCUGGGCCAACCAGUUACAGGCAGCACAGCUGUGGGAAACCAGCACCUGGCUGCAGAGUGAAAUUGGUGGACAAAGAUGCUGAAGGCAAUGGAGAAAUCUGUUUCUGGGGAAGGACUGUUUUCAUGGGUUAUUUAAAUAUGGAAGACAAAACAAAAGAAGCCUUUGAUGAGGAUGGGUGGCUGCAUUCUGGAGAUUUAGGAAAACUGGACAAGGAUGGCUUUCUCUAUGUCACUGGAAGAAUUAAAGAUUUGAUAAUUACAGCUGGAGGUGAAAAUGUGCCUCCAAUUCCAAUUGAAGAUGCUGUUAAGAAAGAACUCCCAAUUGUUAGCAAUGCUAUGGUGAUUGGAGAUAAAAAGAAGUUUUUGUCAAUGUUGCUGACUCUAAAGACCCUGCUGGACCCAGAUACAUCUGAGCCCACUGACAUUCUCACUGAGCAAGCUAGAGAGUUCUGCCAGAAGACUGGUAGUAAAGCCACUAAAGUGUCAGAGAUUGUAGCCACAAGAGACCAGGCAAUCUACCAAGCCAUUCAGGAGGGAAUCGACAAAGUCAACAUGAGCGCCACUAAUCGGGUUCAUUGUAUCCAAAAAUGGGUAGUCCUGCCAAGAGAUUUUUCCAUUUCUGGGGGAGAACUAGGUCCGACGAUGAAGCUGAAGCGGCUCGCUGUGCUAGAGAAAUACAGAACUGAAGUAGACUCCUUCUAUGAAGAAUGAGCAGUCUUUUCAUCCAAGCAUUAAGAAAGAUCUGUGAGCUAAAGAAUUUCCUAAUCAAAAGCAUUAACAAAGGUUUACACUUGGUUUGGUUUUGUAGUCUAGAAAACUGUUGUGUCGGUUUAUGUGUUCCUGAUACUCACCUGAUCAUUUGCCCUCUUUACAGAAGCAUCUACAGAGUAUGUCCAUUUCCUAAUACUGUUCUGACUUUGACCUAAAUGACUAAAAUGAAAAAUGUCCUCUUGUGUUGUAUAAAGUGGCUAUAAUCCAGAGUUUUGGUGGCUGCACCAUCCCUGGAGACAUUCAAGGCCAGGCUGGAUGUGGUUCUGGAAGUCUGAUCUAGUUGGAGAUGCUCAUUGCAGGGGGGUUAGACUAGCUGAGCUUUGAAGGCUCCCUUCUAACCCAAACUAUUCUAUGAUUCUUUAAUUCCUCUAUACUGAAACACAAAAGUUGCCCAUUGCUUAUAUUUGGGUAGAGCAGUAGUUAGCACUCCUGCAGAGUGCUGGAGUUCCACCACUCCAGCAAUAAGAUAGUUAAUAAAUUAAAAUCAAAAGGGAUGUGUUUUUUUCCUCCCAAAGUUUCUGUUUGCCCAGUAACACAUUUCAGAAUCUGAAGGCAAUCCUCUUCCAUGUUAACGGCGGUUAGAAUUCAGACUUCUGUGAAAACAGCAGGUAGUAAUUUAUUAAGUCCAUGUUGAAAUAAGCAUUACUAUCUCUCCCAGAAACAAAUAAAGCAAAACCAAAGCUGGGGCAAUAGCUCCGUAAGACUAUAAGGCAAAGCAGCAAACACGGGAGGUCUCACAUUAAGUGCUAUUGAGAACAGAAACUUUGUUCAAAUUGUUUACAACACUUUUUUUUUAUAAAGCAAAAGCGUUUUGGAGCAAUGUUUGUCAGUGUGCAUCUGCAUGCUUCAAUAUGCACGUUGUACUAACGCUGCCACGUGGGAUCUGCAUUUCUUCUUCCCCAUAUAAAAACUAAACCAUACUAUGUAAGGGACACAUGUGCCAGAAGGUUGUCUAAAGGGUUUGCUGUUAGUACGUGAUCUUUGGCAGAGAGUUGUAAUAGGUAACACAAGCAGCCAGGCCACAGCCACUAUUCUUGAUCAGAAAAAUCAUGCAGAAUUGGAUCUUGUUUCCAGGAAAGUUCCAUUACCAGUCUUGCACAUCAACACAUAACACAAGACAGCAGCCUGGGAUUAGAAAAACAAAACAAGCAGUACGACUUUGAAAAGUUUAUUUUUCCCCAUUUCUGCGCAAUGGUAAUUCCAAAGUUCUUUAACAAUAUUAAUCUGAAGGAAACAAGGAAGCAGCAGCUUGUAAAGCACAGAAAGAAAUGCUCUAUUCACCAGAAGCAGAGUGCACAAGGAAUAAAGCUCUUUGUCCCGCCUCUGAGGUGGUGUUAGACUGUACAAAAAGAGCUGGGAUGCUUACUUUUAUACAGCAACAUUAGAAGCUGUUACUUGAACUUGAUCUGACUUCUGAACAACCAGUCUAAACAGUCUUAAAAGAAAGUAACUAAGUGGAGUGAUAUCUAUUAAUAGAAUUAAGCUUUAAGAAGCCUGGUACUGGCAGUAGGGAUAAUCCUGUGCUGUAGUCAUGAGUUUUGAAACACGUAUUUUCCUGUAGGGUGUACCAAUGGAAGCAUACCUUGAGACAUACAGAUCCAAAUGACUCAUAUGAGGAUCUGUAUGUGCAGAGGAAGGGAGGGAGAGUUGCUUUUGUGUGCGUUAAGCUCAGUAAGCCUGAAAGAAAUAGUCCAAGAUCCUCAUGAAUAGGAUGAAAGAUAUUUCUGGAACGUAGUCACCAAAGCCAAACCUUCACUCUCUCUUAACCGAUUUAGGACUAGUCUUUUACAUUCAGGGUUUCUAGAAUAAAAUUACUGGUCAAUACAGUAAGACACACUGAACAGAAUGCAUGAAAGUACAACACAAAAAGCAUUCCGGCAUGAAAUACAUAGUAUAAAUUUGCAAAGUUAAUACUUUCCCCUUGCAAUAAAUGGCAGAACUAAUUUUGACUAAUUUACUCUCACUAGAACUCUGUGGUCAAGUGUGUUUCAGAGAGGAAAACUUGUAAGAAGUAUUUUGGUAUAUGGAUUUGAACAAUAAUUUUUAGUUCAUUAAUUCUCAGUCCUGGCUGGUAAAUGGUUGUGGGCUUUUAAAAAUACACAAAUAGAUUAAAUCUCUAGGAUUUUGUAUUCCUUUAUUUGUGCCCUUGGAGGGCAAGGCUAUACUUCAUGAAUUACCAGAGUAUCUAAAGUGGUUUUUUCAUUGCUUUUAACAUGAAAUUGCCAUUUUAAGUUACUUCAUACCCAUUUCUGUCUAUGCAGGUCAUCAUGUGCUCCUGUUAGGCUGAAAACCUAUGUCAUAAAUUCCAGCAAGAUCAAUAAAGUAGGUUUUAACCAUUAAG